ACUUGACACGUCAAGUGAAGCGGCACAAGCAGCUCCGAUGGCUGAGACCGCUCUGUCCCCACGCAAGCGUCUACCGCGCCUGAAUGUGGACGGACCCUCCUUUCCGGACGACGAGCGCGUUGUGUCGCUGGCUGUCGCGCCGUCUUCUCCAUCAACGGCGUCUACUUCCAGCACUGCCGACGUCUCUUCCUUGACUGUCGUCAACGCCAAGACCAAGACUACGACACAGUCCCCGCCGUAUGAGCCAAGCCGCCUGCACGAGCGUGCCACCUCUCGACUUGUGGCUAAAAUUGACGAGACCAGCGACGACCGCGGCAGCGACGCGAGUGACGAGAGUGUCGACGGGCUUUCGAGGCUGCAGCAGCUCCGCAACUGGGUGCGACGAUUGCGUCAGACCUUUGGCACGUCGUUCCUGCUGCUCGUGAGCACAGUAUAUGCUGUGCAGGGCUUCACGAGCUUCAGCGCUCUAGCAGUCAACUAUUUCUUUAAGGAUAAUCUACAGCUGCAGCCAGCUGAGUCGCAGUCGCUCCUCACUUUCAUGAUGGUUCCCUGGGGCAUUAAGCCGCUGUAUGGCAUCGUCUCAGACAGUUUGCCGCUCUUUGGCUACCACCGCAAGUCGUACAUGAUGCUGUGCAGUGCCAUGGGUACAAUUGCGACGUUGACAUUAGCCGUACCUGACCUCAUUACGACUCCGAGUUGUGGAGAUGUCGAGAUUAGAUCCCAAAUACGGUGCGAAUGAUCUACAGUCAGUAUCGUGGGUCUCCAUGUCGGUGGGUGGUGUGCUGGGAUCGUUCCUGUCCGGGCCAGCGACACACAAUCUCGGAGUUCGUGGUGUGUUCUGCUUCGCGGCGAUUGGACCGCUUACAAUUUUGAUCUUCUCCACGUCGAUGCACGAGGCGAAGACAACAGUGAGCAAGCGCCACUGGAAAACCUCAGCCAAGAGACAGUUUAGACAACUCAAGGGUGCAAUUUACACGCCCGUAAUUUGGAUGUGCGCGCUCUGGGUGUUCCUGUCCGGUGCUAUCAGUCCCGGAUACUCGCAAGUGUUUUUCUACUUCUCGACGGACGUGCUGAAGUUUACACCAGAGUUUUUGGGAACUGUAUCUGCGUUUGGGUUUAUCUUCCUCAUGGUGGGUACCAUGCUGUACAACGCGUGCUUCAAGGACAUGUCAUUCCGUCGCGUCUUCUUCAUCGCUCAGCUCAGUUUGGCUGUUGUGUCGAUGUUGGACGUCGUAUUGGUCACACGCGCUAACUUGGACGUUGGUAUCCCGGACAAAGCGUUUGUUCUAGGUGAUGCCGUUAUCGCUGACGUCAUCAGCCGCCUCAAGACGAUGCCAGUGAUGGUGCUCUGUGCCAAACUCUGCCCCAAAGGUAUCGAGGGCACGCUGUUCGCGCUGUUGAUGUCCAUUUCCAAUUUUUCUCGGAGUGUGAGCGAGUUCUGGGGAGCUCUCGUGUGUGCAUGGUUGGGCAUCGCCAAGGACGAGUACGACAUGCUGUGGCUCGCCAUUAUUCUACGCAGCGUGCUCAAGGUGGUUCCCAUCUUCUUCCUCUUCCUGAUCCCAGCGACGGAUCCUCAGGAAAUUGUGGACGAACUGGACUUCAGCUCACCUGUCCAUGGUGACGCAAAUAAGGACGAGAACGUGGAGGUUGAUGAUGAAGAUGAACACUCCGGGACGAUUCGUGCAGACCACACAGUCAACGACUGCUCUCCAACUGAAGAAGAGCAGAAAGGCUCGGUCAAUGCUGUCGUUUGAUAACCGUUUACUAGUUCUACAACUUUGUUAUGGGGAACGAGGCUACAUGUAAAGAAGGAUUGGGUCUGAAAACUCGACCAUCGUACAAUAUGGAGGUAGAUUCUCUAUUAUAUCUCGACAUGUCGGCACCGACUGACGGAGAUUGUUGCUGCUUUACUCAUGCGUUCGUGUCCUCGUCGACCAGCUCGGAGAACGAGAUGACCAUGGCUGUGAUGUUGUCCAUGCUGCGCUUCAGCAGAGCUGCCUCCACGAGGGCAUUCGCAGCAAACUGCAGCGCUUCCUUGGUCACAUCUUCGGAGCUUGUAGGCUCCUCUGACCAGUGAAACUCAGCCACCUUGGCGCGCACGAUCUUGGCAGCAUCGUCGUCACUCAAGCGGUCCCAUAGACCGUCGCUGGCAAACACGAGAUACUCACCAGCCGCUUCCACGUUGAGUACACGAACAUCUGGAACCACCGACACUAGAGGAGCAGAACAAGACGCUGGUAGAUUCGUCUUGAGCGGGUGGUCACCGAGCGAUCGACUGAUGGCCAAACGCAGCGGGAUCUGGUCGUGUGCUACGCGCCAGCAUCCAGAGAAGAUAACCUUCCCUCCCGCUUCUUCGACACGUUCAGUCUCCUCCUUGAGGUCAGGUUUGUGAUCUACCGAGAGACGCACAGCACUUGGCACCUCUUCCUCCUCUUCGUCGUCACUGCUGUCGUCAGCCUGAGCCAACACAGCUCGCGAGUCGCCAAGGUUCGCAACAAAGAGCUUACCACCCACCAAGAGUCCCAGCAGUACAGUAGAGCCGUCGCGUUUGUUCAAAAUGACGGUACGCUGCAGGAUCUCGGCGUCUAUGGUCGCAAAUGCGUCCACCAAUAGCUCACGGACUUUCUCCACGUCGUCCUCGGUCAGUUCCGAGUGCUGUGAGCGACGACUGAUCUCCAUCAGGUCUUCACUCUCGCCUAGCAAGUCUCUAAAACGACGACGCGCAUACUCAGAUGCAUACGCACCAUUGUGGCCAUCAUACACUGCCAGUAAGCUGGGCGACGAGUCGACGUCCUCGUCGUCAUCUAGCAGACGCUCCACCACUGAGUAGCGAUCUUCCAUGUACGGACGCGCGCCUUGUGCGAGAGAUACGCCAACCUGCACACGCAUCUUCGUGGCUUCACGUUUCCUGUUUCUGUAUUUGGGGUGGCAGAUGGUCGUGAACUCGACGCAGCGUGGGGUUUUCGUCUCCUCCUCAUGGAAACGCUUGAGCGCAUUCUCAAUCACGUCCACUUUGCGCCGCUUGCGUUCUCUGUUCUUCGCCACAAAGCGUUUGAUAGUUGGUGUAGGUGACUUCACCUCUUUAUCUUCAGGCAGCGGCCGGGAUGGCUGGGAGUCCUCGAGUUCGUCAGGACUCGUCUCGGGUCCUUCACUGUCUAAUGAUCCUGCUGUAAUCAGUACAACCCGCCGUCAGCAGUGCGUUCAUCUGGUCGGACAACAACCAAUUCGUAGUAAUACUUACCAGACGUAGUGGGCGACAGCGACUGCCGUUUGCGCUUAGCAGCAGUUGGUGAGGUCGCGGAAGUCUCCGCUCCGGUGUUUGUUUCGUGUGGCGUCGAGGCGUCCAUCUCAUCAGCCGCGAUCUGUUCGAGUGCGAGGAUGCCAGCGCGUUGUAGUAGGCGUGGUGUGUGCGGCGACUUGCAGUUGUCAGGCGGCGUGGCCGAGCACAUUUCAAGCCCGACCAUACCGUUAACAGGAGAAGCCACCAGGACGUCGGCAGGGGCCAUUGGUGUGGAUUUAUGAAUGAGACGAGAGAGAGAGAUGGAGAAAUAGAUGAAACGACCCCGAUGGUCAGACGUUGCUACUUCACGAGGAUGUGGCAGCCGAUGUCGCGCACUCGCACUCAAUUGCCCAAGGUCUUGACGGCUCGGCGCCAAAUGGGAAGUGACUCGGUGCAAACCCCGCGCUUUCCAACGAAACCGAUAGUUGCACUGCAUCGUAAUUGGCCAGUUCACGAUGAUUUAAACCUAACCUGUGUCGAUUCGUACA